AUGCCAUUCAAAUUUAAAAGUGAUUCAUACAAAGGUGUCGUUUCUGGCAGUGUCACUGGAGGAACUGCUGUCACUGGCUGGGGUGCACCUUGGGGUGCUGUAGGUGUUGCUCAUGCAGGUGUUGCUCAUGGAGGUAUUUGGGGUGCAGCUCCAUGGGGUGCUGCAGUUGCUGCACCAUGGGGAACCGCUCACGAAAGUGUAUGGGGAGCAUCUCUUGCUGGGCCAGUAGUAGGAACUGCUGCACUUGCUGGACUCGUCGCUGCCCCAGUCGUCAUUGCUGGACCAUCUGGAAGUAUUUCUUCUGGACACGGAGUAGCUCCUUUGAACGCUCGUCUUGGUGCCCACUGGUAA